UUUAAAAAAGAUUGGCAACUCUGGCGCUGUACCGGGCAGAAACGUAAACAAAAACAUAGCGCAAAGGAUAUGGCCAACGUUUCGUUUCACGUGUUGAUUUUCAUUCGUUGAAUAACCAGGAAUUACCUUCUCUCAUUAAAAAAGAGUAUUAUUCUACUUUUGAAAAAUCGUCAGACUGUUCCAGCCUAAAAGCUCUUCAUCAAAAUGCCUCCCAAAAGUGCUAAAAAGGAGAAGACCGGCUGGUGGAAGUGUGAACGUUGCCAAUUUCAUGUUCUCGUGUCGGAACUAACCCAGCAUCAGUCAGAAGGCUGCCAGAAAACGGACGCUCUGAGCGGGUUCAUAACAAGCACAGGCGUAUUCCACAGUAGAAGUGUGGAAAUCACCAACGUGACCAACGUAGAUGACUUGAAAGACAUUGGUGAACCUCAAUCGAGCGCGUUGAUUCUGUUCAGUCGAACAGUGAUGGACAAGCUUAAUUUGGUUCUCGGCGAUUUGGUAGAGAUUACUAUUAUUGGUGGAGAAUCCGGUUCCAGUACAUUUGUCAGAAAGGCUUGGCCAAUAGAAGAGAAAAAUGGUUCAAGGGUAAUCAUGGUUCAUUCAGGUGAAACACAGAUUUUCUCGGUAAAUAUAUCAGAUGUGUGCAUCAAACUCUUUCGAGAACCAGUUAAGGAUGCCAAUGAGGUAAUAUUAAGUUUGCAAGAUGUCUCACAGUCAGAUCAAAUUGUCACAAAUCAGCAAACAUUUGAGCGACUGCUUCGUAGACAAUAUUUCGGUAGGGUAGUUAGUGAACUGAACACGCUUAGUCUCAAGCUUUGCAAUAAGUUAUUUGUUUUUAAAAUUGCUAAAGUUAACUUGAAACAGACUAGUAAUCAAGAAGAAAUCGAAACUAGGCUACAAAACUUAUCGUUGACCAAUAAGUACUUUUAUAUAAACCGGGAAACGAAGCUUGUUAUUGGUUCAGAACAGCGAAGCGAUUUAUUAAACACCAAACAACGGGACUAUUCGACCGAAAAUAUUGGUGGAAUUGAUAGCGUUAUCAGGGAAAUCAUAGACAUUGUAAAUUUAGCUUUAGGAAAAACGAAUCAACCCCCUCGGGUCCCUGUCAACCGAGGCGUACUUGUGUACGGUGUGUCUGGCGUUGGAAAAACUCUGCUGGUGGAUUCAAUCGCUCACCACAUGCAGUGUAAUACGAUAAGAAUACGGAGUACAGAAAUUUUCAGUAGGUUCUAUGGUGAAUCCGAAAACAAUAUAGCUCAGUUGUUCAACAAAAGCUUCAGCAACUACCCUGAACCGACGAUAAUCAUUGUAGAAGAAAUACAAAAUCUCUGUCCGAAAUCGGAAGCUUCAGACAUUGUCAGGCGUAUUUCGAAUUUUUUCGUGAAUUUAUUAGAUAGUUUGCACACUAGAGAACAAGGAUCUAGAUCGAUAGUACUUGCUACCACUGAUAAUGUGGACAACCUGAACCCUGCACUGCGACGGAGUGGUCGCAUGGAGUAUGAGUUCGAAGUUCCUGUACCAAGUGCGGAAGGACGUGAGCAAAUAUUAUCAAAAAUUCUGUCUUCACACCGGCAUACAAUGACACAGGAAGAAGUGAAAAACAUUGCGCGAGUUACUCACGGAUUUGUCGGCGCAGAUCUUGUUAGCUUGGUAGGGCGCGCGAUGCACGAGACGAAAGCACCUAUCGGUUAUAGCGACAUGAUUUCCGCACUGCAGUUUGUCAAGGCUAGUGCUAUGCGAGAGAUACUUAUCGAGUGUCCCGAAGUACACUGGGAUGACAUUGGGGGUCAGGACGAUUUGAAGCUAAAGCUUCGUCAAAUCAUUGAAUGGCCCAUUCAUAGACCGGAAAUAUUCGCUCGUCUCGGUAUCUCACCUCCACGCGGACUGCUAAUGUUCGGUCCUCCUGGAUGCUCGAAAACAAUGAUUGCGAAAGCAAUCGCCACCGAAAGUAAGGUGAACUUCCUCUCUAUAAAAGGUUCGGAGCUGUUUUCAAUGUGGGUCGGCGAGUCGGAGCGUGCCGUAAGGGAGCUGUUUCGCAAGGCACGCCAGGUCGCCCCGUCGAUAAUCUUUUUCGAUGAGAUCGAUGCCAUCGGCGGCGAGCGGUCGGCAGAUGGUGGGGGUAGUUCUGUUAAGGAACGUGUUUUGGCACAGAUUUUAACCGAAAUCGAUGGUGUGAGUGCCCUCAAGAACGUUAAGAUAGUUGCCGCCACAAAUCGACCCGAUUUGAUUGAUAAAGCGCUGAUGAGACCCGGUAGACUGGAUCGUAUUAUCUAUGUUGGAUUACCCGAUGCGAAAACUAGGGAGGAAAUAUUUCGGAUUAAACUUGCCAAGAUUCCAACGAGCGAGGAUGUCAGCUUGCCGACAUUGGUGUGUAGCACUGACGGGUAUUCCGGGUCGGAAAUUGAAGCUCUCUGCCAAGAGGCAGUCAUGGAGGCAUUGGAGGAGUCAUUUGAUACUCUUGAAAUCGGACAGAAGUAUUUCGAUAGGGCGCUGCGCGUCGUUAAACCUCGGACUAGUCCAGAUUUACUACAACUGUACGAAGAUUAUUUAAAACAGCAUCAGUAGGGCACCAAAAAUAUGUGCUUUAAAUCAGUGAUUAGUGGUUAUCAAUCGCAAUAAAAAGAAUUCCUUAAGUCGAAGUCUGAACGAAGUUUUGUAAGAUAAAAAGUAUUUUACACAGUUACUCUUCAGUGGGUAGAAAGUUUUUAUUCUACAUUCUUUUGAAUCUUAUUUUACAUUCAACUACGACAGGGCGUUUUUAUAACAUGUGAGCUACCUUCCAUCAACGUGCAAUGUGAAUUUACAAGCAAUGCUCCUAAAAAGGUUCACAACACUUAGUGGAACUAGUUUUAAGGGUAAUUGAGUUAAGGGAAUGUGCUUUUAACGAUGACUCUUGUUUAAAAUAUAUUCACAAUUUGUAAUACGA